UGAAACAUGACGCUAUUUUGCUAAUUCUGGGCUAAUUCCUGUUGCUGAUCCACCGGCGGGAAGGAUCAUGGUACACCCGAAUAGCCGUACUGCCGGAAAAUCGUUGUCGCGGGGCGCUGGGAGGAGCCGGGCGUGUUGAGGCGAGGCUGUGGUGCGAGAUAAGGUGUGCAAUGGACAGGUUUCGAACGAUUUCCUGUUGAGUAGUUCAUGUGGCGGCCUUCCCACGCCAGGAGGAGCCGUGCCGAGGUGUGAUGGAUGUUUUGCAUGAGUGAUGUAACCAGAAAGAAAAUAUAGCCGCUGCGUUAGCCUCGGCUGCCUCGUCCCCAAGAUGGCCACGCUCAUCCGGCCAGGGAAUCUCAGAAACCCUGAAGUAGCUGACCUGUUUGAGCGUGAGGAUCCUGAGAGACUCUUUGAUGACCUACGGGAAAUUGGCCAUGGGAGUUUUGGAGCCGUGUAUUACGCUCGCCAUGUCGCAACUAAAGAGGUGGUGGCUAUCAAGAAAAUGUCAUAUAAUGGGAAGCAAAGUGCUGACAAGUGGCAAGACAUCCUGAAAGAAAUAAGAUUUUUGCGCAGCCUUCGCCACCCUAACACAGUCACCUACAGAGGAUGUUAUCUCAAGGAGUCAACUGUUUGGCUGGUAAUGGAAUAUUGUCUUGGAUCGGCAUCAGACAUUAUAGAAGUCCAUCGACAACCUCUGCGAGAAGAAGAAAUCAGUGCCAUCUGCGAAGGCUGUUUACAAGGCCUUUCAUAUUUACAUUCUUUAGGGAAAAUUCAUAGAGAUGUUAAAGCUGGAAAUAUUCUCCUAACAGAAAAUGGCACAGUAAAGCUUGCUGACUUUGGAAGUGCAAGUAUAACAUCACCUGCCAAUAGCUUUGUUGGAACACCAUACUGGAUGGCUCCUGAAGUUAUAUUAGCUAUGGAUGAAGGACAAUAUGAUGGAAAGGUUGAUGUAUGGUCAUUAGGCAUCACAUGCAUAGAACUGGCUGAACGCAAACCACCUUACUUCAACAUGAAUGCCAUGAGUGCCUUGUACCACAUUGCCCAAAAUGAUGCCCCCAAAAUGUCAGCCCCUGAUUGGUCCAAAGACUUCCAGCACUUUGUUGAAGCUUGCCUUCAGAAAUCACCACCUGAUCGACCUACCUCGGCAAGACUCCUCACUCACGAGUUUAUUUUGAGACAUCGGUCAUCCCACAUCAUCCUGGAUCUGAUCGCUCGAACAAAGAAGGCAGUCCGUGAGUUUGAUAACUUAAACUAUAGGAAAAUGAAGAAAAUUCUCCUGUAUGAGACUGAGAGUCAACAGGGGGAUGUUGAAGACUCCACAGAGGAGGAUGCGGCUGGAGGCGACAGCAGCAAGAGCAACAGCAUCACAUCAGAGAAGUCGGUCAUAUCAGCUGGGGUCAGUCAGUCGUCCCAGUCGCAGUCAUCUUCCACCAACUCCCUCCACCAUCACCAUUUGCUUCAUCAACCACCACACCCAUAUCAGACACCAUCUCCACCCAUGCUGCAGCCAUCACAUUCACCAUACAUUGCUCCUCAAGUGCCACCACAUCACCAUCAUCCCUCACAUCUUCCAUCACAUUAUUCACCUCAAUCACCACAUCAUGGACUUGUAUAUCAACACCAGACCCCCUCAUCACUCUCACCUUCACCCUCAUCAUCAUCCUUGCACCAAGCAGAACUAGGUAUCCCAAAUAAUAAUCAUCACCCAUUAACACCAUCUUCACCACUCAUAGACACCUUUAGCAUUACCUCCAUUGCUAGUACCAAUGCAACAUCCUCCACCACCCCAACCCUUCUCCUUCAGCUUCCGGGGCAGAAUGCUCCUUCAACCACUACAAACAACAACGACACCAACAACGCGUCUUCUACCGUCAAGUCGCGCCGAGGAAGGCCUUGUGGAAAUCCAGGAGAGGCAAGCACCAGCAACUUUGCCACAAUCAAGACCACGUCCAUUGUCAGUAAGCAGCAGAAGGAACAUCUUCAAGAAGACAUGCAUGCAGCUAUGUCUGGGUACAAACGAAUGCGUCAGGAGCACCAGCGAGCCCUUGUCAAGCUUGAAGAGAAGUGCCGUGUUGACAUGGAGAACCACAAGCACGUGUUGGACAAGGAAUAUGAAGCUUUACUCACCCAGUUUAGCAAAGAGCUGGAAAAACUACGACAGAAACAUGAAAAAGAACAAGAAAAGAAACGUGAAAUGUGUUCAGUAGCAGAGAAAAACCUCACAAAAGAGAUCAAUAAUAGACAUUCUAAUGAUCACAAACACUUUUUGACACAGUACAAGAAACAGUACAAGGAAAACAUUGAAAAAUGGAAGAAGGAACUCUCACAAGAUCCCAAUACACCUAAAAAACAGAGAGAGGCUCAGCUUCAGACCCAAAAAGAGUAUCUAAAAGCCUCAGAACGACAGGAAGAGCAAAAACUGCUUCAGCAGCAAGAGGAGUACCUUCAGCUAGAGAUUCGAAAAUUCCGUCGACGCGGUCUACUUUUAUACUACCUAAAAGAGAAGUCACUACUUAAUGAGGAGCUUACCAAGAGGGAGCAGCAGUUGGAGGCAGCUCACUCGAUGCUUUUAAGGCACCAUCAACAAACACAAGAUCUUGAGUACAGGCAGCAAAGAGCCAUCCAUGCUCUAAAGGAAGAACAAAUGAACAAGCAACAUCAAACAGAAUUAAGCAGUCAGCAUGAAUACAUGAAGAGGGUGGAGAGGGAUCUUCGCAAAAAACAUGCUCUUCAACAAAAGCAACAGCCAAAGAGCCUAAAACAAAAAGAAAUUGAAAUACGGCGUCAGUUCCGGGAUACCAUAAAUAUACAGCGUCAACAAUACAAAGAAUAUAAAGGUCAAAUUCUUGCCAAAACACCAAAAGAAGAACAACGAGCAAUUAUCAAGAGGUUAAAGGAAGACCAGCGUCGGAAGUUGGCCAUGCUUGGAGACCAGUAUGAGCAAUCCAUUGCGGAGAUGCUUCAGAGACAGUCACUCCGACUGGAUGAAAGUCAGGUGGUAGAGCAGCAACAGUUGUCUGAGAAGCUCCAAAGGGAACUAGAAAUGUUGGCUGAAUAUCAGACUCGCAAUCGUCAGCAAGCAGAAGCACAGCGUAAUCGGGAAAAGAGAGAACUUGAUGAGAGAGUAGCAAUCAGGAGAGAUCUAUUACAAAAUAAGAUGGCAGAAGAAUCUGCAAGAUUUCAGCAUGAACGUCAUGAGCGAGUGAGACUGAUGCAGGAAAAACAUAACAGGGAGAUGGAUGACUUUGAUAAUGAAUCCCAACGGUAUGGCUUUAGUCCCCCUCAAGUGACGGAAUCAUCAAGUGAGCGAUGGCCAGAAGAAUUCAAUGUGGCUGCAUCUAUGCUUUCCUUAUCCCUCCAACCUAACCAUUGAGUAACUGGUUGAUUUUUAGCUAGCUUAGGGAGUUAAAAAUAAUUGACAACUUGUUCUUUAUAGGCUGUAUUAAUUUCCAGGUAUGAAUAUGAAUUUGAAACUUGAAUAUUUAAUUAGCCUUAUUUAAGAAAUACCAGUGUCACAUCAUAUUUAUUUGCUAUAUAUCCAGAUAAUGGUUAGGAAUUGCUAAAUAUGGUCAUCAAGUGACCAGGGAAUUUUCAUAGAUGCCCGGGCUGCAAAGGUGCUCGUGUGGCCUCGAUGCCAGUGUGCUUUAGAUUUCCUUCCUCCCAGUAAGAGAAAGAAGUUGGAUUGGCAUUUCUUUGGAAAGCAAGAUUGGUUAUGACACUUGCAUCUAGUUGAAAGGACUGCUGCUUGCAAGAUAGAUAAAUGAUCAGAAUUCAGUAUUUGAAGCCGUAAUGCUUGUCAGAAUUUAUUAUUUGAUAAAUUAGUGUACGUACCUGUCCAUUAUCUGCUGUAGACAUUGCUGACCACUAGUUUAAACAUUAUAGGGAUCAGUAAGUGGAAGGUGUAAAGUCAAAGUUAAUUUUCUUGUUAGGAAAAGAGACUAGAAAGACAUUAUCUUCCUCUUGCAUUCGCUGCUCACUCCAUAUAUGUUGGUCCUGUCAUUUAUAGUCAUUUGGGCACAGCUGUUCUAAGUUUGCUGCCCAGAUCUUUAUACAGAUCAGUGAAACACAGAAGCUAAUGACUAUAGAGUUCUGAUGUUCAUCACUGCAAGCACAGAUUCACCUUUUAAUUCAACAAAUGCCAAAAUUAGACAAAAGAGAAAAGUAUGAAAUGAAUCAAUGUCAGUCUGUUAUGAUCUCGGCUUGCCUCAUUUCAGUGCAUUCUUUUCAAAGUUUGUAAAGGAAAGCGAUGGUAUCGGUUGACAGUAGAGAACUUUCUUUGCUCAAUGUCAUGAAGUGUAAUACAAGAAAUGGAGCCAGUAAUUGUAAACCAGGAAGGCUCAUAUUUUAACAUUGCCAUAUUAAUAAUUUCCAUCUACUGCUCAUUAAUCUCUGGUCCUGUCUCAAAUAAUUUAACUAGCAAAUGGUGUGAUUAUAAUAUGAUUAUUUGUGACAUGGUCAGCCAUUAUCAGCCUAUAUAUAUAUAGCUUCUAUACAUAUUUUAUUUAUCAUCAUGGAACUGGUUGAUUUAGUAGGAAUUCUAGUUGUUGCCAGGAGGUUUUCCCUAGUCAAUGAAGGCAACAUAGCCUACAGAGAACACACUCACACAUCACACACACACACACACACACACACACACUCACACACACACACACACACACACACACA